AUGCUAAGGGGCUUCGGCAAACAGGGCUUCCAGUGUCAAGUAUGCAGCUUCGUCGUGCACAAGAGGUGCCACGAGUAUGUCACCUUCACCUGCCCCGGUGCAGACAAGGGAGCGGAUUCCGACGACACGCGUACCCGGCACAACUUCAAGGUGUGCACGUACUCCUCGCCGACAUUCUGCGACCACUGCGGCUCCUUACUCUACGGCCUGAUCCACCAGGGCCUCAAGUGUCAAGCAUGCGACAUGAACGUGCACAAGCGUUGCGAGGAGUCGGUGCCGAAUCUUUGCGGCUGCGACCACACCGAGCGUCGUGGCCGAAUCCAGCUCUCCGUCUCCUGCCACGGGAACAAGCUCACGGUCGAGGUGAAACAGGGCCGCAACCUGAUCCCGAUGGACCCAAACGGGCUCUCGGACCCCUACGUGAAGCUGAAGCUCAUCCCGGACUCGGACAACGUGAAGAAAAAAACCAAGACGAUCCGCAGCACCCUGAACCCCGUGUGGAACGAGACACUCACCUUCGACCUCAAGCCCGAGGACAAGGAUCGCCGGCUGCUGAUCGAACUAUGGGAUUGGGACCGAACCUCGCGGAACGACUUCAUGGGCUCCUUGUCGUUCGGUAUCUCCGAGGUGAUGAAAGCCCCCGCCGAAGGCUGGUUCAAGCUGCUGACCCAAGAGGAGGGAGAGUUCUACAACGUUCCCGUGCCAGAAGAGGGCGCCGACCUCGCCCAACUGAAGACCCAAAUGAAGGCUACCAAUGUCGGCGCGCGAAGACCACCGCCACCACCUGACAGGGAGGUGCCUCAUAAUAUGGCGGCUGCCGACGUCAUCAGGGCCUCCGAUUUCAACUUCAUCAUGGUGCUCGGCAAAGGGUCCUUUGGCAAGGUUAUGCUAGCGGAGCGCCGCGGCACUGACGAGCUUUACGCCAUCAAGAUCCUGAAGAAGGACAUCAUAAUUCAAGACGACGACGUCGAGUGCACGAUGGUGGAGAAGCGAGUCCUGGCGCUCAGUAGCAAGCCCCCGUUCCUCGUCCAGCUGCACUCCUGCUUCCAGACGAUGGAUCGCCUGUACUUCGUUAUGGAGUACGUGAACGGUGGCGAUUUGAUGUUCCAAAUACAACAGUGCGGCAAAUUCAAGGAGCCGGUUGCGGUCUUCUACGCGGCGGAGAUAGCCAUCGGGCUGUUCUUCCUGCACUCGCGCGGCAUCGUCUACCGCGACCUGAAGCUGGACAACGUUCUCCUCGACCAGGACGGGCACAUCAAGAUCGCCGACUUCGGCAUGUGCAAGGAGGGCAUCACAGGCGACAAGACCACCAAGACCUUCUGCGGCACGCCGGACUAUAUCGCGCCGGAGAUCAUUUUAUACCAGCCGUACGGGAAGUCGGUCGACUGGUGGGCUUACGGGGUGCUUUUGUACGAGAUGCUGGUGGGCCAGCCGCCGUUCGACGGCGAAGACGAGGAGGAGCUGUUCGCCGCGAUCACCGACAACAGCGUCUCCUACCCCAAGACCUUGAGCAAGGAGGCGAAGGACGCGUGCAAGUCGUUCCUCUCGAAGAACCCCCUCAAGCGGUUGGGGUGCGGCAGCCGGGGCGAGGAGGACGUGCGCACCCACCCCUUCUUCAGGCGCAUCGACUGGGCCCGGAUCGAGGCGCGGGACGUGCAGCCGCCCUUCAAGCCCAAAAUCAAACACCGCAAGGACGUGUCCAACUUCGACAAGCAGUUCACCCAGGAGAAGACGGAGCUGACGCCCACGGACAAGCUGUUCAUGAUGAACCUCGACCAGACCGAGUUCAUGGGCUUCUCGUUCCUCAACCCUGAGUACGUGCAGCACGUC